AUGGUGGAGAAAAAGAGUCAAGCAAGAGCCGAGGCAGAGGAGUUCUUUCGAGACGAUGGAACCCCAUCACCAAUGGAAGAUGUUGCCAGAAAUCUAGCAGCCUACUGGAUGCUGUAUCUUAUACGAGGAAUAGUAGUUACGGCCUUUGGUAUAUUCUUCUUGGCAGAUCCAUCAACAUCGAUGGGAGUCUUGACAACAGUAUUCGGUACUCUAUUCGUGCUGGAAGGAAUGGGAAACUUGUUUAAGACCUGCGUUGUCUGUUUUGGAACAGAUAGCCAGACAGCUUUCUGUCUAUACUCGAUGCUCUUCCUUGGAAACACUAUACUUGGAAUCGUCAUUUUGGUCUACCCGAAUGAAACAUUGAAUAUGCUGAUAUGGUUUGUGGCACUUGCAUUCCUGAUUGUGGGUGCAAUCCAAAUUAUUGUGGGUGUAAUCUUUUGCAUUGGUAAUGUCGGUUGGGAGGCAUCAUUGGGAAUCAGUUUCUUGGGACUCUUAUACACGAUACUAGCUGGCCUUCUCAUGUCUAAUUUGAAUGAGAGUAAGGAUUUUGUGAUUCGAUUAAUUGGAGGUGUCAUUACACUUUUUGGAAUUCAGUUACUCUAUCUUGCCAAAAGGCUGAAGGAGAUGAACGAAACUCUCGAAGAGGAAGCAAAUAUGCCGAAAAGUACUGUCACAAUCGAAGAACUCCCCGAUGACAAUGAUGAAACUGCCGAGCUGACGAAGCUCAGCGGAGAUCUAUAA